AUGCUCGACGAUUUACCUGCACCUCCUGCUUACCACGAUUUAGAUUUGGAGGCACAAACAAGCGGCGCCAAUGAGACGAGAUCGGAAACUGAUCGACCGCCAGAUUAUCAACCAGCUGAUGAGCAAUCAAUGGUACAAAUGAGAGCCGAUAUCGAGCAGAAAGAGUUACAAUUGGCCACUUUGGAACGACUUCAACUCGAGGAGAGAUUGAAAAUUCAACAAGAGUUAGAAUUAAUGCGACAACGAUAUUGUACGCUUCGUGGUGGUGGAAGGAGGGAUUCUUUGCCUAUUUUGUUAUCGAAUCGAUUCUCUUUACAAAUGCAUCAUCGAAUUUCUCCAAGUGGAUAUGGAAGAGGACGUCAUCCAUCGAUCUCUAUCCGACAAUAUCGUGCCCUUCAACGAACGAAUUGUCGCUUGAGAAUUUCAUUGAUAGUUCUUUAUGGAAUCGGAGCCUCUACUGGAUUAAUGGAUCCUUUUAGCAAAAUGCCGAUGCCGGUUUGGUUGUGGAAGCCGAAUCGCGAGGUCGCUCGAGAGCCACAACAGAGCGACAAGGAGUAUCGUGGAUGCUGCAAUUCGUGUAAAACUGAGACUUGCUUCAAAGUGAUUCUCGGAUUGCAUUGUUUUCAACUUAUCGGGAUGGCCGCGUCGAUCGCACAAUCGCCCUUGGUUGGUGGGCUCAGUUUCCUUACCACUCUCCUCGGCAUCAUGCUCGGUUUCAUGGCGCUUCGAACAAAGAAACCUUUCUACAUGCAACUCCUCUGGGUUUUAGAGGUUACCUCCACAAUUUCCUCGACAAUCAUCUUGGUUUCGAACGAGAUUUUGUUCAUAAUAGCUUACAGUCAAAUGGAGGAUACACGUAAAGAGGAAAAGCAGCAAUUGCUAGCGACGUUGAUUGCUUGCACGUGUAUCGUUUUGAUCGGGAUUCCGAUAAUGUUUUGGAUUCUACGCUCAAUCUAUACGUAUUACUGCUAUCUCAGAGACCGUCAAAUUUGGAUUGAACAACGAUGGAGUCCAGUGAAUGACGAGGUUGAA